AGUUAAUGUAGUGCCAAAACUCCAUUAAUUCUCCAGGAGAGGCAGUUUCCUUUUCUGGUUAAUGUUGUGAACUGCUUUGCCUCUUGGACAGCCGUGUGUGUAUAUAUAGACCCUUCCUUAUGCUAUCCAAACCAUAUAUAUAUGUGUGUGUAUGUACACACACACACACAUACACACACACACACACAUUGCUUUGGAUAGCACAGGGAAGGCUUAACAUCCCUGUGGUAUUUGUUUUGCUGCCUGUGCCCUUGUUCAGAAGAUCUCCCUUCACUUUCUGUCCCCUUGAUAAUUGGAUUUUGAAAAGUUUGGCUUGCUGUGGAAACAAGGUUUGGUGAUAAAGUUUCAGUUGAGACCUCUUUCCCCCAUGAUAACUCUUUCAGAAUAUCCCUUCCAAGAGUUAGAUUUUUCUCACUUCCUCUUGUCUCACCCUUGUUCUUAACUGUGCAUCAUUGUAAAAACAUUAGGAAGAACCUCCUAACUGAGAGAGCUGUUCAGUAGUGGAACUCUCUGCCUUGGAGUGUGGUGGAGGUUCUUUCUUUGAAGUCUUUCAAACAGAGGCAGGAUGGCCAUAUGUUGGGCGUGCUUUGAAUGCGAUUUUCCUGCUUCUUAGCAGGGGGUUGGACUUGGAUGGUCCAUGAGGUCUUUUCCAACUCUAUGAUCCUAUGAAGUCAUAUAUUUGUAACCCGAGGACUGCCUGUACGCUGUAGGUGCAACCCUCAUGUGCCUUUUAGAGUCAUUUCCCACUUAUGAUAACCCUAUCAUGGGGUUUUCCUGGCAAGAUUUGUUCAGUGGCAAGAUUUGCCCUCCUUUGAGGCUGAGAGUGUGUGACUUGCUCAAGGUCUCCCAGGGGGUUUCUGUGGCAGAGGAGGGAUUUGAAUCCAUUUCCAGAGUCUUAAUCCAAUGCCAAAACCACCACCACACUGAUUCUCAUGCCUCCCAUUACUCAAACAUUAUAUUUUUAUUGCAGGGCCAUUGUUCCAGGCAUUUUAACAUUUUGUUGCCCUUUGCAGCAUCUUUUCAUAAAAUAUAAUUGUUUUAGGUGUGUUACUAGAACUCUACAUACACAGCACUUCAGAAAUGGGAAGUAAAAGAGUGGCACUUACACUUUCUGUUCUCUUUCUAGUUGUGCUGGACUUGGCAUUCUUUCUCUUUCUCUCCCUCGCUCUCUUGGCUUCAUGAUUCAUUUUUCAGUGCCGGUUACAUCACUGAUAUAGUGGGGCACGAGUAACUUAUUAAUGUAGCCUCUAUUAAUUAGCUACUUUCAAGGUCUGUUGGACUAUAAUUCCCAUCCUCACCUGAUCAAAUGGAGUGAGAGGUGUUGUAGCACAAACAUCUUGAGGGCAUCCAGUUAGGAAUGGCUGCCAUAAUCAUCUACCUAGUUUAUUGUUCCUGUUUGUUUAAGUGAUAAGAAGUCCCAAGAGCAAGAGCAAUUUGCAUUUUCUCAAGGGACAGCCAAAAAGGAGGAAUCAUGCGUCAAUCACCUUUAUUAUAGUGUAACACCUACUCUACAUCAGACGUUGGUCUAUAAAGAAAUAGGAUCUACAGACUUCAGUGAGUCUACCUCUAUAGGAUACACGACAGGGCUGUCUUCUCUUGAACAAUCCUCUUGCUUCUUCACAAACUGGACAAACUCUUGAAAGUUGGAAUUAACUGGAAUGGAUCGUUAUAGAUAUUUCAUCUUCAACCAAAAAAGUAUGGUUGUGCUGGGACUUUUACAAAUAGCUUGUGCUGCACUUUGCAUUGUCAGCGGAGUAAUAGAUGGUGGUCACCGAAGGGAAUCAGCACUGAGUAAAUCUAAGAUACCCAUCUGGGCUGGAAUGGUGUAUGCAAUGAUGAUUGCUUCUGCAUUUUCCUGUUUCACAACUCUAAUUGUAAUCAUCUAUGCCUCGAUAACAUUAGAAUAUGGUGAAAAAUAUAAGGGCUUAGAUGUUGUGCCCUCUAAUCAUCCAGCUGCAUUUGUACUUGAUAAACUUGUGGAAGGAGCCAACAUCACACUCCUAAUUGCAUCUAUUGCUAGUGCCUUGAUUGUGCUAAUAAUUGCCUAUGUUAGUAGCCGAAGUCUUCCAGGUUGUUCCUGCUAUGAUAGCGUCACUGGAUUUGAGUGGUUACAUUCUAAUGAAGACCAACUGCAAACUUCAGAAUUAGCUUACAUUUCAUCUGGUCAAACAGAUCGAAUUUUUAUUUCUCCAGUAAAACUUUCAGAUGUAAAUGUGGAAGAAGAAGAUGAUGAAAUUGCUAAACCCCCUCCAUAUAUCCGUUUCCCUUAAAAGAUCUACAAGAAUAUGUUUAAGAGACUCUUGAUAAUAACUUAAGAGCCUAUUUUUAAAAUUCUGUGAAAUUCUUCCAGCAAUAACUCACAAAGUACAGGCAUCCUUGAACAGAGGAUUGUGAAAAUUCAAGACUGGUGACCUAUUUCCUAUUUAGCCAAGGCAUUUCAUCUCAUUGUCCUAUAUAUGUUAACUUAAUCCCCCAACUUUUUAUAUAAGAAUUGUUGUAUCAUUGUCAUUAUAAAUAAAAUAUGACAACAAUGGUAAUAGCA